AUGCCGUCCAAGACGGGUACAAAGCUGUCCAUCCUGGGCAUGCUCGAUCUGCUCCCCGGCGUCGUCUCAAUCGUCGCCGCCGGCCUGCUUGCCGUGCUGACGGGCCUGUUCCGGGGCCAAAAAGACGCGCCCAGCCUGCAUCUUCACAUUGCCUACGCCGUGCUGCGCAAGGCCACGACCAGACUGACGCCUCUUCAACUGCAAUUCGUCUCGCCCCUGACCGACGUCGUGUACAAGCAGUAUGCGCGCUCCGCCAAGAUCAAGCCCGAGACGGUAGCCCUGGGAGCCGGCGCCCACGGCCACUGGCUCGGGAACAAGGACGCGGCCAACGUCCUGGUCUGGUACCACGGCGGCGGCUUCUGCCUGCCCGCCAACCUGGGAUACUUCAAGUUCCUGCAGAGCCUGGUGGCAUCGUCGCACCGGGCGGGCCAGGAGCUGGCCGUCUUCGUGCUGACCUACUCGCUGGCCCCGGGCGCGGCGUACCCGACGCAGCUCACGCAGGCCGUCGAGGCGCUGCGCUACAUCCUCGACGAGACGGGCCGCACGCCGGCGCAGGUUCUCAUCGGCGGCGACUCGGCGGGCGGCAACCUCGUCAUGGGCGUGCUGUCGCACCUCGCCCACGGGCACCCGGCCAUCCGCAGGCUCGAGGUGGCCGAGCCGCUCGCCGGCGCCGUCGGCAUCGCGCCCUGGACCCUGAUCGGCGAGGACCACGGCGACCGCGACAUUUACCACGGCGGCGACCUCAUCACGCCCGCCGUCGACGGGCCCUGGUCCCAAGCCUUCCUGGGCGGCGCCGACAAGGACUACUUUACGAGCGCGUCGACGGCGCCCCGGAGCUGGCUCGCCGCCUUCCCCCUCAAGCGAGUCCUGAUACUCGGCGGCGGCAACGAGAUCCUGCUGCCUGCCAUUGAGGAGCUGGCAGACAACCUCAAGGCCGCGCUGCCCAACGUGGAGUUGUUUAUAGGACACCGCGAAGCUCAUGUUGCUCCCGUGUACAACAUCUACGUUGGGGACAAUACAGAAACACUGCAGGGCAAAAAGAUCAAGGCGUGGUUGAGAGAAAUAUUAUAG